GUGGCGACUGUUACGGGUCGGAUCCCCAGAUAGAAUAGAAACGGACUGCUGAGACUCCUCUCUGGUCUCUUCUUAUCUUCAUCUUCUCUUUCUCUCGUUCUCUGCAAUUCCGCACAUAUACAUACAUACUUACAUACAAACAUGUCCGUGGAGAGAUCUCUAGAAGCCUGGGAAGAAGUUCAACGCCACAGCCACGACCUAGCCGACCGGUUCGCUCAAGGUUUUACCGGUUUGCUCGACCCGGACCGGUUCGCCAAGGGUUUUAACGGUUUGAUUCACUCUCACAUCUCUCCCCCUUCAUUCUCAUGGCCUAAUCCAGUUGAAUUUUCCGAGCAUAAUUUAAUCAGGGAUUUCAAGAUUCCGAAUAGUUAUAUUGAUGGUGUUGGGAGUAAAUUGGGGAAAGCUGGGAAUGAUUUCGGGGCUUCGAUAAGCGGUGUUGUGCAGCAGGUUUUUAGGGGUUUGCCGUUGCCUUUUAAGAAGAAGGAUUCUAAUGUUGGGGCUUUGAAUGUCGAAAAGAGUGUGGAGACUGCGCCGGGGUUGAAGAAGGGUGGGGAGGAUAUUGGGUCUUUGGCCAAGCGGUUUCGGGAUUUUGGGUUUGUUGAGAUGGGGGAUGGGGGUUUAGAUGGUUCUGUUCAAAAAGGGGGCUCGAGGUUUGAUUUGGAUGAUUCGGGUGAUAAACGACAGCGGACCUUGAACUUUACAUCAACAUAUGACAGUAGAAGGCGCUAUGUGAAAAGUUCUUUAUCGGCCGGAUCGGAGUGGUGGAGGGUGGAAGCAUCAAAUGGAAACGAUGCAUUGGGAAGUGAAGAUUCAUCAUCCCUCCUUGUCCAGCUUGGACCAAUACUUUAUAUCCGUGAUGCUAGUCUUCUUUUGCCGGUUCAUUUUUCGAAUCAGCACUUAAUUUGGUAUGGAUAUGAUAGGAAGACUGGGAUGCAUACUAUCUGCCCUGCUUUGUGGUCGAAGAAUAGGAGUUGGUCCCUGAUGUCUCUUAUUUGUCUCAAUCCAGUCGCAUGUCCGUUUAUGGAUUUGCAGCAUCCUAAUGGCCAACUUACAUACACAUCUGGUGAGGGAUUAUACACAAGUGCUUUUUUACCUUUCCGUGGAGGUGUGCUUCAAGCACAGGGUCGAUAUCCAGGAGAGAUGAAGUUCAGCUACUCUCGCAAGGACAAAUGGGGCACACGUAUCACACCAACAGUGCAAUGGCCUGAUAGAUCAUUUACAUUAGGUCUUAAUCAAGCUUUAUCUUGGAAGCGAUCAGGUCUUAUGGUUAGACCAUCUGUCCAAGUCAGUUUAAACCCGACUUUUGGUGGAAGCAAUCCUGGUCUCCGAGCGGAAGUUGUACAUUCUGCUAGGGAAGAACUUAGUCUUAUCUGUGGAUGUGCCUUAACAACACGUCCUUCUGCAUAUGCAUCAGUAUCUCUCGGCAGGUCCAAGUGGAAUGGAAAUGUUGGGUCAUCGGGUAUAGUUGUGAGAGCUGAAACUCCUCUUGGCAGUGUUGGACGACCAUCGUUUUCUAUUCAGCUAAAUAGUGCUCUAGAAUUUUGAUGUUGUGGACCGCAAUGUUCAACAACUAAGCAUGUUCAACAACUAACCACAAGUACAUUAUAACAAAAGUCAGUAGUUACUGUAUAUUCCAUCCCGGCAUAAAUGAAGUUUUUUUUUCCCUUUGUAAAUUGUUAGUCAGUCUCGUUAAUAGUAUAACUAGUUCAUCUUGUACAUUGUAUACUGUCCAUCCUUGUUAUUACAUAAUGCAAUAUGUCCUUUUAGUUGCA